CAGCUUAGCGAGGAGCCCGGCUACGUCGUAUACUCGGCAUUGGGUUCAUUUUACAUUCCUUCCUGCAUCAUGGUAUUUGUGUACAUACGAAUUUACUACGCUGCGAAGGCGAGGGCCCGUCGGGGUAUCCGUAAGCCGCCUCGACGUCAACCCCAGGACGCCGUCACCAGCUUUUCCAACAGCCCAGGGGGAGGCAAAAACGGAAUUCCCGAGCCUUGCGAAACGCCAGCAGGAGGUUCAAUUGUAGAUAGAAAUAGUAAUAAUUCCCCUAGGGAUACGGAAGGCCAGAUAGCGACCAUCGAAUCCCAUCAACCGCCGAUGGCCAUUCCCACCGUUACCUGCGACUUAGCGUCGGAUAUUUCGACGAGCGACAAUGCCGAACAGGAACUACAAGAGCAAAAGGACACUUUGAAGGUCUUCAGUCCGAACGUGUGCCAAGUAGUGCGCAACCCGUUAGCGCAAUGUCAAUUCAGCGGCUCCUCGCUGUCCGUCAACGGCGAACUCCAGCAACAGAUGGCGGCGCUGGCGCGCAGUCGCCAACCAUCGAUGGGCAUCGACACCGACAUGGUCAGCGAAUUCGACCCGAGCAGCUCGGACUCGGGCGUCGUCGCCCAUUGCACCGUCAUCAAGCCGCUGAAGCUGAAGAUAUGCAACCCGCUGUUCGGUCGCAGCAAAAACAGCCACGGUCGGAGCAAAGGGGGCCAAGGUCACGGCGGCGGGGGCGAGGAGAAACCGUUACCGAAAUCGCCGACGAGUGAGAAAGUGUUAAUAGAGUACGUGGUGCCGCGAGUGAACAAACCGAAAGACCCUGAGCGGGAAAAGAGGCGGAUAGCGAGGCAGAAAGAGAAGAGGGCGACUCUGAUCUUAGGACUUAUCAUGGGUUCGUUCAUAGCGUGUUGGCUACCUUUCUUCUUCAUGUACAUAUUGAGGUUGGCCUUGAACAUUCCUAUGAUUGCUUUUGCUACAGCCUUUUGGCUAGGUUAUAUGAAUUCAGUCUUGAAUCCCGUCAUCUACACCAUCUUCAACAAGGAUUUCCGAAGAGCAUUUAGAAGGAUAUUGUUUAAGUGAUGUUUGACCUAUGUGUGCUGCUACGACUGCGUUAGUCGGAGGAUCCGAACUGCGCAGUUUCGCAGCGCACCUAGCGCCUUGUAUCGA